UUUCCUGAACAAGCUGCAGAGACUGUCGGCCGCAAAGAUGCUGGAAGAGGAUAUGGAGGUGGCCAUCAAGGUGGUGGUAGUGGGAAACGGAGCUGUUGGAAAGUCCAGCAUGAUUCAGCGGUACUGCAAGGGAAUCUUUACAAAAGACUACAAGAAAACCAUCGGUGUGGAUUUUCUGGAAAGACAAAUCCAAGUUAACGAUGAAGACGUCAGGCUGAUGCUGUGGGACACUGCGGGUCAGGAAGAAUUUGAUGCUAUAACUAAGGCCUACUACAGAGGAGCCCAGGCUUGCGUUCUUGUGUUUUCUACAACUGACAGAGAGUCCUUCAAAGCAAUCCCUUCCUGGAAGGAAAAAGUUGUGGCUGAAGUUGGAGAUGUUCCCACAGUUCUUGUGCAGAAUAAGAUCGAUCUCCUUGACAACUCUUGCAUAAAGAACGAAGAAGCAGAAGCCCUGGCGAAGAAGCUGAGGUUGAGGUUCUACCGGGCGUCAGUGAAGGAGGACCUCAACGUCACUGAAGUUUUUAAGUAUUUGGCUGACAAAUACCUUCAAAAGCUGAAGCAGCAAACAGCUGAGGAUCCAGAAGUCAUCCAUGCCAGCGGUAACAAAAUAGGUGUUUUUAAUACAGCUGGUGGAAGUCAUUCCAGCCAGAACUGUAGCACUCUAAAUGGUGAUGUCAUCAACCUUAGACCAAACAAACAGAGGACCAAGAAAAACAGAAGUCCUUUUAGCAACUGCAGCAUACCUUAG